CGCUCCGCGCCUCCGCCUAAAGGUUUCGAUCAGAGUAAUCAACGCGAGAGACUCGAGAACGGUGGAGCAGAGAGGAGAAACUACUGACCUGAUCAGGAUGUCAAGUGCAGCUGAAAUCAGACAGUUCCACUUAUCUGAUGUUAUGGAUUUGCAGUCUAUGGAGACAGUUGUUGAGUCGCUAAAUGAGGGAAUAGUCUCUAUCUGUAACAUCUACAAGUCUCUCUUGGAUGCACAAGUUGAUCCCACCACUGGCAUGUGCUGUAAUUAUGAACAAAUCAGGAAGCAUAUUGAGCAUGCUGAGUGUUUCCUGGAAAAAUCAGAGACAAUGAUUAAGGAAAAACUAAAAGAUUUAGAAGAAUGCAUGGAGCGACUUAUUAAAAAAAAAGGAAAUGCUGAGCAGCAAAACAAAGAAAAAAGCAAUGCAAAGGAUAAAUUGCACAUCGAGAAGAACUCUGCUGAAGAAUCAUUAAAGAAUUCUAAAGCAGCUUUGGAACAGGCUGAAAAAAUGGUAGCAUUGGCAAAAGAUGAGCUACAAAGACAGCAAGCUAGACAUAACACUGGCACAGGUGUAACAAUUGGAGGUGCGGUACUGGCUGCAAUACCAAUCCUCGGAUGGAUUCCUGGUAUAGUAAUGCUAUCUGUGGGAGCCAGCGAAAUUGUUAAGGCUUCGAAUGCCAUCAGCGAUGCUGAAAACGAGCUAAAAAAACAUGAGUCCCAGGUGAAUGAGGAGAGCAUGAAGGUGUCUGAUUACCAAUCCAAGAUCACUACCAUACAGAAGGAGACUGAAGAGACAGUUAAGUUGCUAAAUACACUGGAGAAGGAGAUUAAAGAGUUGGAGCAGCAUCUAUACUUCACAGCUGAUAUUCAGGAAACAGUCAGGAGAGCUGUGACCCUUCUGACUGUUCUUAGUGGAAGAGUCACUGUAUUGGAGAAACAGACUAAGAGCUUCAUCCUCUGGGAGCCUGUGAUAAAGGCCAUGGAAGAUGUGAUGGAGGCAGCAGAAAAGGUUGCAAAGAAUCAGUUCCUUCGUAGUCAGGGUUUACAAGACUUCAUAAAUACUUUGAGGGAGAAUGUUGGAGAAAUACUGGCUUUAUGCAACUUUACCAAUAAUUCUGAACUUGACAGCUAUUAUUAAUCAUCAUCUAAUUAAUACCUAAAAACCACCUUAAAUAUGCAAGAGGGGCAAAAAACAAAAUAAUUACAACGAGACAUUAAAAUACAAAACAUGAGAUAUUUAAUAAAAAAAGCAUGGCAUAACAACAAACAUCUCCAAAAGUGUCAUAGUUAAUCAACUGUGCAUGUCUAAGUCUUUCACUCACUCACACACACACACACA